GAUUCGAUCGCUUCUUUCUGUCGGAACUCUUCUCGUACAAGAGCGAUGGCCAUGUUUGGCUCACUCUUGCUCUUUCCUGAUGUGCUUGAGCAAUCCUUCCAUCUGCAAUUGUGGUUGUUUCUCAGCACCUUCUGCCCAUGUGCACACUCGUUCCUUCCUCCUGCAUGCUUGAUCGUUCCUUCUGUUUUUGGAUUGCGGCCUCUGCGUACAUGAAUGCGCCCUUCCUCUUCUUGCAGUCGCUUCUGCCUCCUCCCAUGCGAUCAUCCUAUAGGCAAUGUUUGAGAUCAGGAAGUUCUGCCACAUUGAAUGAGAUCGAUGUUUCACGCCCAAAGGCAACAGAUGAAAAAUGUCUGAGAGGUAACUUUUCUUCGUGUGAUUUUGUAUAUAUACAAAUGUAUGCUCUUCGUAGCUAAUUGUUCAAGGAAUCGAGCUGACAGCAAUGUAGUGAAGCGUGCCGGGCUCCACUGUGUCCAUGGCGAGACCACUACAAGCUUCAUCGACUCGAACGCUGAGCUCGAGAUGUGUUGAGGCUCGUAGAUC